AUGGUAGGGGACUUGGAUUCAGGGUUUUUGGGUUCAGGUUCGGGAGUUGGAGCUGGAAAUGGAGGUAUUUGCCCCUUUAAUCCACCGCACCACCCAAUCUUCAUGGCUCAUUGUUCGGCCUGGCAAAUGGAGCAUGGAGGUGGAGCUUCGAGGUUGGAGGUGGAGAGGACAGGCGAACAGAAGGAACGGAGUUGCCUCCUAAAGCAUAUUCUGAGCAUCAACGAUUGUUUGGGCUGCGAUCAAGUGCAUCUAAAUUUCUCCACCACCGACAAUGUGCACAUAAUCAUCUAUGAUUUGAUCAAGAAUCUCCCGGAGGAUCUGCCGGCUGUAACUCCCGUGGCGCAGGCCAUUCUACUGAUCUGCUCCCUAACCUAUCCGAAUGCCGAAAGUCUAACCAAGAUUCCCCAACUCAAAAUUGGCAAGGGAAAGGGAAGCGUGUCGAUGAACUUUGAAAUGCAUCCCCUGCAAAAUGGAGAUAAUACCACGGAGAUCGUUGAGGAGCCGGAAAGCGAUCUGGAUGAGACGCCCUGCACCUCAAGACAGGCAAUGGAGCGACAAAGAAAGCGAAAGGAGCGCAAGGAUAAGGAGGCGUCCUUGAGGAUCAUCCAGUCCAAUGUGAUCAAGGUGACCGUAAAGCGCAAGUUCGAUACCUUCUCCACCUUGGACUCGGUUUCGUAUCGGAUUAAUGGUGGCAGGAGCGAAACCGCCACCAUUUCGGAGUUCCACGACAUGUUCUUCGUGCCCCCUGAGCACUCGAGCAAUUAUUUGAGUCGUCUGUACAAGGAAUGCUCCGGAAAUUGGCUUAAGGUCAUUCAAAGCGAGGGCGAUGGGGAUGCCUAUUGCAACAUCAAAGAACACGACGGUCCCUUCGAGACCUUUGUUAGACUCUUCGAUCGCCAGGCGAUGGAACCACAGGAUGUCGUUUGCCAAUUGUUCAAAACAUGCCUCCAUGUCAAUGAAGCAGUGCGUCUGGCGGAGGGGAAGUUUAUAUUGGAGAUUUUGAACCAAGUGCGUCAGAUAUUCGAGUACAUCACCAGUAACGAGUACACCGUUUGGUUUUUGGUUCCCUGUCUAAAUAAUAAGGAUCAGCUGCGUCCUAUGAACUUCGACGACUUGGAUUUGACCAAAGUGAGAACCUCAAUUCGAGCUGCCGGCGAUACUAGGAAUAUUUACUGGGCCUAUACAGAUCACAAUAUCAAGGACUUGCUAAUGGUGGCUUUUCAAUUGGCCCUGGCCACCAUUACCCAACAGUCGGUUAUAGUUAUUAGCCAUUUGGAAAUGCUUUCGGAUUUUGUAUCCAUGCAAUAUGUGACGGCCAAUUAUAUGGUCGACUCAAAUCUUGUAAGUUCUCUCACUUAUUUGAGGCAACUGUGUAUUUUAAUUAAUAUUCAUUACUUUCAGGAUGGGGUCUGCCAUCCCUAUCUACAGCGCAUCGUUGAGACGGCCAUAUUUUUGGGCACAAUUGUCAUUAUUGAAUAUCCCAGUGUCUUUACACUCUUGAAUGAAGGUCGCCAGUUGAUCAAGUGUUAUCAGACGAAACAGAGCAAUUCGGGUGCGUUUCGGUGGGAAGUAGAAGAUGAUAUAGUCCACUACAAUGAAUCACUCAAAAUUCUCAAGGAGUCGGUCGUCGAGUAUGAGAAGGCCAUGUAGUUUGCCAAAG